AUGUUCGAGCUCAAAAUCAAGCCCGAGCCCGGCCCGAUGUUCGAGCUCAAAAUCAAGCCCGAGCCCGGCCCGACCUGGCCUGACCCGGGAUUUUCGGGCCGGGUCCUCCGGGUCGGGCUGCCCAUGCCCAGCUUUGGGUGCGCUGCGUGCGUGUCGGAGCUCCGGCCGGGAGGCCGCCCAGAUCCAUCACGUGCGUGCCUGCGGCGGAACACGGACCGGUUCUGGGACAUCCGGUUCGACAAGGGAGUGCUCCACAUACCGCGCAUCCUCAUCCACGACUCCACCAAGUCGCUCUUCCUCAACCUCAUCGCCUUCGAGCAGUGCCACAUGGACAUCGCCACGCCGGGCGGCAACAACAUCACCUCCUACGCCAUCUUCAUGGACAACCUCAUCAACUCCGCCGAAGACGUCAAGUACCUCCACGACCGCGGCAUCAUCGAGCACUGGCUCGGCAGCGACGCCGAGGUCGCCGAGCUCUUCAACCGCCUCUGCCUCGAGGUCGUCUUCGACAUCAACGACAGCUACCUCUCCGGCCUCUCCGACCAGGUCAACCGCUACUACGACUACAAGUGGAGCACCUGGGUCGCCAGCCUGCAGCACAACUACUUCACCAACCCGUGGGCCAUCGUCUCCGUCGUCGCCGGCGUCUUCCUCCUCCUCCUCACCACGAUGCAGACAUUCUACAGCGCGUAUAGCUACUACCGACCGUCAACCUAGCUCAUCGCCGCCGAAUCGGCAACGGAGUCAGAUUCUCCAAAAUCUGACCAUUUUUUCUUGGCUUGCAUUACAGUUUUGAUUGGUUGUUUUGUCAUAUACUCUCAUAUCCCCUUUG